AUGGGCUCCCGGCUCGACGCCAACUCUGGCGCAGUGCGCAAGAGAAUCCAAAGCCACACCUUUGAGAAUGAGGAUGGGGAGGAGUACGAGGCCUCGACCUUCGGGGGCUUUGGAGAUUAUAUCCGUCGUAAGAAGGUGAAGCUCCAGAACCUGGAUGCUGAGAUACGCGCCUCGUCUGCGGACAAGCCACCCAUCUUUCGUGGUGUUGUCGCGCACGUCAACGGAUACACGCAGCCGUCGCUGAACGACCUUCAUCGUAUGAUCGUCAGCCAUGGAGGCGGUUUCCUCCAGUACCUGGAUGGCAAGACCACCGCGACUCACAUCAUCGCCAGCGCCUUGACGCCCAAGAAGCGGGAAGAGUUCCGCAAGUAUCGAAUUGUCAAGCCGGCGUGGGUUGUGGAAAGCAUCAAGGCAGGCCGUCUGCUUCCCUGGGAUUCCUUCCGCGUUGUCGAUGAAGGUCCCUCUCAGAGGAUCCUGAAGUUGGAAAAUGGUCACUUGGGAAGCCAGGCCCAUGACCCUCAGCACGGAUACAAGGAGCAAACAGACAGCAGCUGGCUUUUUCAGAACUCCCCUCCUCCCGCUCAGCCGCCCCAAGCAUCCACUGAGAUGCCCCAAUCGAACCCCAGUACGAGCGGCGAGACCGACUACGGCGAAUUCCCGACCCUAGAGUCUUCAGGUGAUGCCAAUCAUAAUCAAACAGUCACAGAAGGCAAACAAGAACCCGUCAAAGAGGCCGAAGAGCCCGUCAAAGAUCAAGAACCUCAGGCUGAUCCGGUCGCUGGAGAUGACAGCGGUCCUUUCCCGUACCCGCUGGUGCGAGAGACGAUGCCUGUAAGACCGGACAUGACUCCCGAGGAAUACAACGCGCAGCUGCUGUCCGAUCCUCGGAUGAGAAAAUCAAGCGCGACGAACCCGGAAUUCCUGCAGCAAUUCUACCGAGAAUCGCGUCUCCACCAUUUGUCUACCUGGAAGGCGGAGCUGAAGGCAAAGCUGCAAGCGGCUGCUCAAGAAAAAUCGCAUGCGCAGACGGCGAAACGGCGCGCUCCGGGAGCCAGGCGAUAUAUUUUGCAUGUCGACUUUGACAGUUUCUUCGCUGCUGUUUCUAUACAGAAAAACCAUCCGGAGCUGGCGGACAAGCCGGUUGCCAUCGCACAUGGGACCGGUAGCGGCUCCGAGAUUGCAAGCUGCAACUAUCCGGCCCGGGCUCACGGGAUCAAGAACGGCAUGUGGAUGAAGGCUGCCCUUGAGAUGUGCCCCGAACUCAAAGUAUUGCCCUACGACUUUCCUGCUUACGAAGAGGCAAGUCGUCAGUUUUACGAUUGCAUUCUCGCCGUCGAUGGCAUUGUGCAAAGUGUCAGCAUCGACGAGGCUCUCAUCGACAUCACGACGCAAUGUCUCGAGGCUGGAGGCUCGGACGGACGGGGCGUGUCGGAGGGAUCGAUAUAUCGGGAGCAGGCCAAGGCGGAUGAAGUCGCAAAACAUCUCCGAGAGGCCAUCAAGGAGAAGACUGGGUGCGCUGUGUCUGUGGGGAUUGGGGGCAACAUCCUUCAGGCGAAAGUGGCUUUGCGAAAGGCUAAGCCGGCUGGGCAGUUUCAGCUGAAGCCUGAUUCGGUGCUGGAAUUUAUAGGAAAUUUAACAGUCCAAGACCUCCCUGGCGUCGCUUAUAGCUUGGGAGCAAAGCUGGAGGAAUUGGGAGUCAAGUUUGUGAAAGAUCUCCGGGAGCUGUCGAGGGAGAAACUUGUAUCGAGUCUCGGGCCCAAGACCGGUGCCAAGCUUUGGGAUUAUGCACGAGGCAUCGACAGGACGGAAGUGGGAGUGCAGACGAUGAGGAAAUCCGUGUCUGCGGAGGUCAACUGGGGGAUUCGGUUUGUGAAUCAGGACCAGGCGGAGGAGUUUCUGCGGAACCUGUCAGAAGAGCUCCACCGCCGUCUGGUUGAGAACCUGGUCAAAGGAAAGCAGCUGACCAUCCGAAUCAUGCGGCGAUCGGCGGACGCUCCGCUGGAGCCGGUCAAACACCUGGGACAUGGGAAAUGCGACGUGUUCAACAAGAGCGUCAUGCUGGGCGUUGCGACGAAUGCGAGCGACGUUAUUAGCAGGGAAGCAAUCUCUAUGCUGCGCAGUUUCGGUUUCUCGCCGGGCGACCUGCGAGGGCUGGGGGUGCAGAUGACAAAAUUGGAGCCGGUGAAAGCGGCCGGUACUGGUCGUCCAGAAAGCAGCCAGCGACAGCUCGACUUCUUCAAGGCAUCUCCUGUCCGGAAGAAAGUCGUGCAGAAUCCCGAUCCGGAUGAACUGGAGAGUCCUCAAAAGGGAAAUGAGAUGAACCUUGCUGAUGAGUCUCUGGAACAACGGCCCUCUCUGGAUGACAAGUCGCAGAAGCCUCUGAAUAUAUCGGGCACGCAGUUUGUGCUGCCAUCCCAGCCCGAUCCCAAAGUUGUGGAGGAACUUCCGGGAGAUAUUCGGUCCAAGUUGGUGCCAAAAUUACAGGUCCGCGAUAGCUCUCGCGCAGCAUCUCCGUCACCGGCCUCUCGACCCGCCCGCCAUGCUGAGUUGCCUCCACAAUCGCAGUUGGAUCCGGAGAUCCUCGGUGAGCUGCCCGAGGACGUUCGCGCCGAGAUUUUGUCAUAUUACAACCGGGCGUCAGAGACCACGAGGCCUGAGCCAGCGCAAGCGGCUCAGCGAAGGCCAGUUUCGAGGAAAGCCACGACGCCUACGAAAAAGCGCCGUGGUCGACCUCCGAAAUCGUCGUCCAAUUCAACAUUGACUCAGUCGAGUUUGACACAGUCGAGUUUGAAUUUUACGAGACCCAGGACGGCGGAAUCUACUGCGACGUCGCGGCAAUCUUCUCCUGCUGUCGAGACGGACGAGAUAUCCGAAGAAGUGCUUGCUGCAUUGCCGGAGGAUAUCCGCCGGGAGGUACUUGAAGAGCACCGACAGGCGCGUCAGCAGCGCCCGAAUCUUGCCGCAUCGCGAAAGCCAUCCGCACCCAAACCUGCUGCUGCUGCGACAGCACCUGCUACUACAGAGAAGCGUCUCCGCCUCCCUCCCCUGCCAGAAAAACCGACCUUUACAGCGAGAAAGCUGUCGACGUUGCCGGAACUGCGCGAAGCGGUACGGGCGUGGUACGCGGCGUUUGCGAACGAAGGGCCAUUCGUGGAGGACGUGACAGCGCUGGCAAAGUACCUGAGGCGGGUGGUUCUCGAAGACCGGGAUAUCGACAAGGCGGUGUCAGUGGCGAACUGGUUGGGGUGGUUGAUCCAAGACCAUGCCGGCAAGAUAGAUCAUAACAAAAAGGCAGAAAUAGCACCCGGAGGAGAAGGAACGGAGGAGUCGAACCAGUCGUGGGACGAGGCCCUCAAAACAGUGCAGGACAGCGUCAACGACGCCGUCAGGGAGAGGGGGUUACCACCUGUUGAUUUUGGAUAG